AAUAGAUAAAUAUAUGCAUCUAUUUAUGCGUACAUUCAUAUGUAUUUAAAUAAAUUUGAAUUUGUGGUGCUUUAUACAAAUUUAACAUGUCCGAUUACGGUGGAAAAGGUUAUACACCUUUAUCGCAAAAUGUAAGUAACACCGAUACUGAAGACGAAGAAGAUUGUUUAGCUCAACCAAAUGAUAUUCCCAAGGAUGUUGUCGGUGAUAUACAAUCGCAAUCAACUACUAUUCAUGAAAAUGGAGUAUAUUAUCCAUUGGAUGAAACAAGGAAUUUAGCAAAUCGUUCAAAAAAUGGACAAAAUAUGCUUAAAUAUUAUAGAGAUGAUAUACCUAUAAUGGUAGUCGAGGGCAAUGACCAAAAUGACUUGUGGAAAAGACGUGAUAUGUCUCCCUUAUGACGAUUUUGUUUGGUUGCUUCUAUAUUAUUAUGUGUUGUAACAAUAAUUAUAUUUCUGUAUGUUUUACCUUGUGACAAUUCAAUGGUAUGUCCUUCAAUAAAUGAACCCCAAUCAUCUAGUUCUUGGGACAAAAUUUUACAAGGAGUAGAAUUACAUGGCCCUAUCUCCAUUAUUCAUGGAAAUCCUUCAAAUCUCAUAUUUCUUGUUCGUGGACAACGAUAUAGAGAAAAUGAUACAAAUGAUGAUCAAGGACAAAUAUCAGCAGAAGGAGGAGGAGUUAUGUCAAUGCAAGGAAAUAGUGGUUUACCAUUAUGGUUGGUUUCUUUGAAGAGACCGCCUACUGAAAUUGACUGCAUUUCAAUUGAUACUGAUCGUUCUGGAAAACCAGAUUGUAUUGUUGCUGGUGAUCAUGGCCUUUUGGCUAGUAUUGAACCUAUUGCAGGCACUAUACAUUGGAGUUCAAAAAUUUAUACAUUUGAAAAGCUACCUCUUAUUUUAUCAGAUAUUGAUUCAGAUGCAGUAGAAGAUUUUUUAAGCGUAGAAAUAGGAACAAAAAAUAUGCCUAAUCUUGUUCUUUUAUCUGGAGGAACUGGUCAUCUUUUAGGACGAUACUCACCUAGAAAUUGUUCAUCUAUUGAUAUAAAUAAUCAUGUCUUUAAUAAUACUAUAUCCUAUAUUUGCUAUGAUAAUAAGGGAAAAAGUAUGGUUAAAACCAUGACUAUUACAGGAUUGUUACAUGCUAUGAAAUUAUCAGAAUAUAAAAAAUUAAUAAUGAAACCAACAGUGACUUUUCAUACCUUUAAGACUUUAAAAUUCAAUAAUGAAGAAAAUAAUUGGAGACCAACACCAUAUCACUAUUUAUUCAUUGAAAAUAAAGGAUUAUGUCCGGGAGAAUAUUGCAAAGCUAGUGUAAAUCUAACAUUGCAAAAACAUGGGAAUCAAACAGUAAUAAUAUGGGAUUAUGUUAGUUUAAAUUCUUUUGUAUCAAAACCAGCUUUCCUGAUUAUACCUGGAAAACGUUAUACUUAUAGAUUUGCCAUUAAAUUUUGGGAGUGGAUUAAUUCUACAUCUGAACAUACAGGAAAAGUGUCUAUUACAGAAAGAAGGCUAAUAGAAAGAGUAUUAAUAGUUUUUGUAAAUUAUACAGAUGUACAAGUUAGAAAUGCAAGUCAAACAGAUAUUAUUCAGUUAUGUCAAGAUAUAGAUUGUCAACCAAAUUUAAGUUUGCGUGCUCAUUUUAGUUCACUCAAAAUUGAUUAUAUUAGUAAAGACGGAUUACCAGAAUUAAUAACAUACUGGUCUUCAUAUGAUAUAGAAGCACCAAAGGUAUUAACAUCAAAAGUACAAGUUGUAAAAUUAGAUUCACUUGUAAUGGGCUUAUCACGUGCAAGUAUAUAAUUUUUUGUUUAUUUAGUGAUUACUAGUUUGUAGACAAACUUAUUAUUUAAAUCUGCAAUAUAAAAUUAUUAAUAAACAUUAUAACAACGAGACGAAAACAUUUGUUUCGUGAUUAUAUUUAAGUCUGCUAAUAUAACUAGUGCAACCAUUAAUAAAUGGUAUUUGGCCAUAAAUUUAUUAGAACUAGUCAACAAUUGAUAGUAAU